AUGGAUGAGUGCAAGGCUGUGGCAAGUCCGGUGGACGUCAGCUCUCGACUGGUUCCGAGCAACUCUGCAAGCAAGGUGGAUGUCCCAUUCCGUGAAGCAGUGGGUGCUUUGAUGCAUCUGACGACUGCAACGCGACCGGACAUCGCGGAUAUGUCACCGUUGUUUGCUGUUUAA